AUGGCCCCCCGCCUGCUGCUGGCCAUGCUCUGCCUGCUGCCGCUGCUCCCCAGCACCACCCCGGGGUCUUCAUGGAGUGCUGUGCCCCGAAGGACCGUCCCCUAUGCGGAGCUGCGGGACGCGGCGCGGCGCUUCUCGCGGGGGGGGGUCUCCCAUUACGUGACGCUGACGCUGGACGAGGCCGAAGCUCUGCUCUAUGUGGGUGCCCGUGAGGCCGUGUUCGCCCUCAGCACCAGCACUGUGGAGCUGAAAGCAGCGAUCACCUGGGAAGCCCCCAUGGAGAAGAAAGCAGAGUGCAUCCAGAAGGGCAAGAACAACCAGACCGACUGCUUCAACUACGUGCGCUUCCUGCAGAGCUACAACAGCUCCCACCUUUACGCCUGCGGCACUUACGCCUUCCAGCCCAAGUGUGCCUACAUUGAGCUGUCUGGAUUCACUCUGGACCACGUGGCUUUCGAGGAAGGCAAAGAGAAGUGUCCCUACGACCCCUCCCGUGGCUACACCGGCCUCAUUGUGGAUGGGGAGCUGUACUCUGCCACCUUCAACAACUUCCUGGGCACGGAGCCCGUCAUCCUGCGCAACCUGGGGCCGCAUUACUCCAUGAAGACGGAGUAUCUCGGGGACGUCGGCGGCGCCCGCACCCUACAAAAGAAAUGGACGACGUUCCUGAAGGCCAGGCUGCUCUGCUCCGCUCCCGAGCAGCAGCUGCACUUCAACCGCCUGCAGGCCGUGUUCACGCUGCAUGGGGACGGCUGGCAGCACACCGCCUUCUUUGGGGUGUUCCAGGCACGGUGGGGGGACGUGGACGUGUCAGCCGUGUGCCGUUAUCACAUCCUGGAGGUGAAGAAGGCGUUCGAGGGACCCUAUAAGGAAUAUAGGGAGCAGGCCCAGAAAUGGGGCCGCUAUUCGGAUGAGGUGCCCAGCCCGCGGCCUGGGGCGUGCAUCACCGACUGGCACCGUCAGAACGGUUUCUCCAGCUCGUUGGCGCUGCCCGACAACACCCUGAACUUCGCCAAGAAACACCCGCUGAUGGACGAGCCCGUCCUGCCCCAGCGCGGCCGCCCGCUGCUGCUCAAGAAGGACUCCAACUUCACCCAGCUGGUGGUGGAUCGCGUGGCCGGGCUGGAUGGGACCGUGUACGAGGUGCUGUUUGUGGGCACAGGUGAUGGAUGGGUGCACAAGGCGCUGAAUCUGGGAUCCCAUGUUCACCUGGUGGAGGAGCUGCAGGUCUUCGAGCCGGCGCAGCCCGUGGAGAGUCUGGUGUUGGCAGGAAGGAAGAAGCUGCUGUUUGCUGGCUCCAGGCUGCAGGUUGCUCAGCUGCCCGUGGCUGAUUGCGGCCGUUAUCAAUCCUGCGCCGACUGUGUCCUGGCUCGGGAUCCGUACUGUGCAUGGAGCCGCAAUGGCAGCCGCUGCGUGCGCUCUGAUGGCCUCAAUGGGUCCCACCUGGUGCAGGACGUGCUGGGAUCCGACACACGCGCCUGUGCCAUGCCACUGGUGGGCACACAAGGUGCCAUCACCCCCAAGAACGUGACGGUGGCGGCUGGCACCGACCUGGUUCUGACGUGUCGCCUGGGCUCCAACCUGGCUCAGGCCCUUUGGACCUUCGAGGGCCGCGCGGUUCCGACCCAGCAGUUCUCGGUAUUACACGACGGUCACCUCCGCGCCCUGCUGGUCCCCGGUGCCGGCGCUGAGCACAGCGGUACGUACUGCUGCGUGGCCGAGGAGCGCGGCGCCCGGCUGGGGGGAGCCGUGUACCGGGUGGAGGUGCUGCCCACGGCCCCGCAGGAGACACGGGCUCCGCUGGACAGCGCCGGUCUCGCGUGGGUCGUGGCCGUGUGCCUCGGGGCCGCAUGCUUAGCGCUGCUGCUGGCCGUGCUGUCCCUAUGGAGGCGGCUGCGGGAGGAGCUGGGUAAGGGCACGAAGGCCAUUGAGAGCACGUUGGUGUAUCCCAUCGAGCUGCCCAAGGAGCCGCACAGCCCCCGAUUCGUGCCCAGCGCCGGCUCGGAUUCAGACGAGAAGCUUUGGGAUCCGGGCAGCUAUUACUGCUCCGACGGCUCGCUCAAGAUCGUGCCGGGUCACGCCGUGUGUCGGAACGGCGGCACAACCGGGGCCGGUUCUCCGCCCGGUGCCGCCAUCCCGGGGCAGCCGCUUCAUUCCCCGACCCGGAUCCACCUGGGGCCGCUCCGGGGCUCGUCGUCCAACGGUUACAUCCGCCUGGCGCUGGGCACCGACGAGCGGCCGCCGUGCUCGGAGCUGGCCGAGGAGCUCCGCAGGAAACUGCAGCAACGGCAGCAGCUGCCCGACUCCAACCCCGAGGAGUCGUCGGUCUGAGCCGCCCCCACGAGCGGCCUCACCUCCUACCUCAGGGACAGCGCGACCCGUCGGUACCGGGACCAGCACCGGGACCGGCACCGGGAGCUCAAUGGAGCCCAAGGAAUGUUCACUGCCAACCGGGGAGACCGAGCUCCGGGAUGGAGCCCAGGGACUUGACUUGGGGUCGGCACCCCGGACUCAUUUAUGGGGGGGGGGGGGGGUCGUGCAGCCCCUGCGGCUCCUUUAAGCCCC